UCUCCGUUCCUUCAUCAUACACUGCUCUCUCUCCUCUUCUGGAAGAUCUUGGUAACUUCACUCUAUUCUUUACAAAAUCCCAACCGUUGCCCCGGAAACCAUCACCAACAUGCGUUUCGACAUCACUGCCCUUCUUGCUUCACUGGCCCUGACCGCAUCCGCAGACCGCAUGGAGGUUUUCACCAGCUGUGGUGGCUGGACCUGCAGUAGCUUUGAUGGGUGGUUCUACACCGACUACGGCACCUAUAAAAUCGACGCCAACACUGGCUGCAGGGGGACCUCUGUUCCUGCGAUGGUUGAGUUCUGCAUGGACUGGGACAACAGACGUGCGCAUUUCAGGUUCUCUGGCCAGGGAAAGCGCUGCAUGAUUCAGGACUCGGAGAGUGCCUAUGGCUGCGCUGGCACUUGCUACAAGACGACUUGGAGGGAGAUCCCGUGCAACUGGCGCAUGGUCUCUGAGGAGGAUCCUGCGACAGAGAUUGCGUCUUCGGCUUUUGUCACUACAACCAAGGCGGCUGGGAAUUAGGGCAAGCUUUAUCUUGGACUCUGGGGGUUAUCGCAGCUAUGGAUAGGGUUAUUAUUUUUCUUCUGGUGGAAAUAUCAUCUACCUUGAGAUUGGAGACUUAG